ACCGACAGCUGGUUAAGGUUAGGCGACGUUGCAAAAGUAAGCACUGGGAAAUGUAGGUAAAACGAACGUUUCGGAUAGGUUUAGUAAAAUAAGUAGGUUAUUAUAGAAACAGUAACAUCGCGAUUAUAUAGGCUGAAUAAAACUGUGAACUUGAGUUAGAGAUGUAUGUAAAAACAUGCCAUUAGAAGUCCUAUAAACCUAUUACUAUAAGGCAAACUAUGUGUCUAAUAGACCUAUUAGAUAUAAUUAAAUGCAUGUUUUAACUACCACGGUACUCUUAACCAAUAUGUAUUAUAUGGGCACUAAUAUGCGUACGUAACCUGUUGCAACAAAAAAUAAGAUUAAGUAACUCUAAUGAAUAGAAAUAUCUCGGACAAUACUGAGAUUCUUUACACUAGGUUGACGGUGUAUAUAAAACUAACGAAUUGAGUAUCCUAUACGGUACGCUCCAAAUUACAAGUGAACAGACAAGUUGCUUGGAUCCGUAAUUGCCCUUAAACAUACUGUAUACGAUAUUUUCAGGUUGGACGCCAGGUGGCGCAAAACGGACCCGCAAUGUAGCUUAUCGUCCAGUGCUCGUACGAGCCUCGGUUUUGGAAGAAGGGGCGAAAAAGCGGAACAGCCCCAAACUUAGCAGAGGCUGUGGACGAGCCCUCGGAUCCCAGUUUUCUACUCCAGUGUGCGGGUGCAGGUAGCUGGGAUCCGGCCGUAAAAACUUUAAUUUAUUUUAAUCCCUAGUAGUGGAUGUAAAGAUACCACCUCGAGUCUAGCGGAAUGAAUCAAAUGCGGCCAGCGGUCCUGUUUCGGGGAUGUCAGAUGAACUUUCUUCGACUCUUUGUCAUACGACUUAUUGCUCUGGGGAUGCGCACUUCAGCGGGCACAGAUGUCCCCCAUGACCCCAAUGGAUUGUCCACGGCGUCAUGGAAUGUCUCUAGCGAACCUGAGAAAGACCACUUCCUGAAGCUGGAGGCCCCCCUGAACAACAUCACCACAUCGCUGGGCCAGACAGCGGAGCUGCACUGCCGCGUCUCGGGCUUCCCGGUGCCCUCUGUCCGCUGGCUGAAGAACGACGCCCCUGUGAUGCAGGAGCCGCGCCGGGUCUCCUACCGCCCCACCGCCUACGGCUCGCGCCUGCGCAUCCGCAACCUGGACACUACGGACACCGGCUACUUCCAGUGCGUCGCCAGCAACAGCUUCGGCUCCGUCUCCUCCACCGGCAUCCUCUUUGUCAAAUUCGAUCCGCACCCCACCCCCGGCGGAGGAAGGCCCUCUCCGGACGAGUAUGAUGAAGAGGGCUUCUGCCAGCCUUACAGGGGCAUCGCAUGUGCCCGCUUCAUCGGCAACCGCAGCAUCUUCGUGGACUCUCUGCAGAUGCAGGGCGAGAUCGAGACUCAGAUCACAGCGGCCUUCACCAUGAUUGGCUCCCUGAACCACCUAUCGGAUCGCUGCUCGCAGUUCGCCAUCCCCUCGCUGUGUCACUUUGCCUUCCCGGCGUGCGACCGCAGCUCGGGGGUGGACCGGCCGCGCGACCUCUGCCGGGACGAGUGUGAGAUCCUGGAGAACGACCUGUGCAAGACGGAGUACAUCAUCGCCCGCUCCAACCCCGCCAUCCUCAAGCGGCUCAAGCUGCCCAACUGCGAGGACCUGCCCCCCCCCGACAGCCCUGAGGCGGGGCGCUGCAUGAGGAUCGGCGUCCCGCUUGCCGAGCCCAUCAACAAGAACCACAAGUGCUUCAACAGCAGCGGUGUGGAUUACCGGGGAACGGUCAGUGUGACCAAGUCUGGCCGGCAGUGCCAGCCGUGGAACUCCCAGUACCCCCACAGUCACACGUACCUGGCGGUCCGCUACCCGGAGCUGAACGGAGGCCACUCCUACUGCCGGAACCCGGGCAGCAAGCAGGAGGCUCCCUGGUGCUUCACCCUGGAUGAGGGCAUGCUGAUGGAGCUCUGUGACAUCCCUGUGUGUGACUCCAAGGAGAACCGGGGAAAGGGCAGCAUGGAGAUCCUCUACAUCCUGGUCCCAAGUGUGGCCAUCCCCUUGGCCAUCGCCCUCCUCUUCCUCUUCAUCUGUGUGUGCCGUAACAAUCAGAAGGCUGCCCGCCCGCCCGCUGCCCGCCAGCCCAAGCCUGUCAGAGGCCAGAACGUGGAGAUGUCAAUGUUCAGCACCGCCUACAAGCCCAAGAGCAAAGCCAAAGAGCUCCCCCUGUCUGCCGUGCGGUUCAUGGAGGAGCUGGGUGAGUGUGCCUUUGGCAAGAUCUACAAGGGCCACCUGUACCGGCCAGGAAUGGAGCAUCCGCAGCUGGUGGCCAUCAAGACCCUGAAGGACUUCUCCAGCGCGCAGCUGUGGGGCGAGUUCCAGCAGGAGGCGUCGGUCCUGUCCGAGCUGCAGCACCCCAACGUGGUGUGCCUGCUGGGUAUGGUGACGCAGGACCAGCCCGUCUGCAUGCUCUUCGAGUUUCUCAACCAGGGCGACCUGCACGAAUUCCUGGUCAUGCGGUCACCGCACUCAGAUGUGGGCUGCAGCAGUGAUGAAGAUGGCACCGUCAGGUCCAGCCUGGACCAUGCCGACUUCCUGCACCUGGCCGUCCAGGUGGCUGCGGGGAUGGAGCACCUGGCCGGCCACUUCUACGUCCACAAGGACCUGGCUGCUCGCAACAUCCUGGUAGGCGAACAGCUGCAGGUGAAGAUCUCCGACCUGGGCCUGUCACGGGAGAUGUACGCCUCCGAUUACUACCGCGUGCAGCCCAAAUCCCUGCUGCCCAUCCGCUGGAUGUCCCCUGAGGCCAUCGCCUUUGGGAAGUUCACCACCGACUCAGACAUCUGGGCCUUUGGCGUGCUGCUCUGGGAGAUCUUCAGCUUCGGCCUGCAGCCCUAUUACGGCUUCAGCAACCAGGAGGUCAUGGAGAUGGUGCGCAAACGCCAGCUGCUGCCUUGCCCCGAGGACUGCCCCCCUCGCAUGUACGGCCUGAUGGCGGAGUGCUGGCAGGAGGGCCCCGCCCGCCGGCCUCGCUUCAAAGACAUCCAUGCCCGCCUGCGUGCCUGGGAGGGCCUCUCCUCCCACGGCAGCUCCACAUCACCCUCUGCUGGCAACGCCACCACCCAGACGACCUCCCUGAGCGCCAGCCCCGUCAGCAACCUCAGCAGUCCUCGCUAUGCCGGCUACAUCUACCCCGCCCAAGGUUUGCCCCCAGGGCAGAUCGCCGGAUUUGUGGCGGCGCCCAUGCCGCAGAAUCAGAGAUUCAUCCCGGUGAAUGGGUACCCGAUCCCUCCAGGCUACGCCGCCUUCCCCGCCGCCCACUUCCAGCCCCAGGGCCCCCCCCGGCUGCUACAGCACUGCCCGCCCCCAAAGAGCCGCUCGCCCAGCAGCGCCAGCGGCUCCACCAGCACCGGUCAUGUGACCAGCGUGCCGUCCACAGGCUCCGCCCACGACGCUAACACUCCCCUUCUGUCCCACUGCAUGACCCUCUCCGGCAUGCCAGCCGCGGGGGCGGUGCCUGUCUUCAAUCACAUGACCCAGAAGGCACUUCAGAUGGACUCCACACAAGCCAGCCUGCUGGCAGACUCCACCAGACACAAGUACACCGAGUCCGUCAUCACGGCCGAUCUGUAAAUACACCUUUAUUUUUUUUUUUAGAUGUUAUAAUAAUAAUAAUUAUUAUUAUUAUUAACUGUCUUCUGUAAAUACAAAGGCUGAAUGAAAUGCAAAAAUUUAUAUUCAGAAAUCUUUUAUAAUGGAAAAGAAACCACAGAAUACCGUGAUGGACUCUUCUUCGAGAUCCUAACCCUUCCCGUCGCCAACAUGAAAUGUGAGCCGAGAGCCGGCAAAAGAUCACGCUGAUUCAGAGAGUAACUUCUUAGCUCCUAUGAAGUGCCUGGGCGUUGGCACCGUCGAUGAGUCUGGCUGUUCCACCAAAACACAGAAUAGUUUGCCUUUGACAGGGUUUUGUUUCACAUUUAAUGACAUUUACAGUUACCGUAUGUUGCUAUAAUGCGAACGUGAGCAGCCAUGUCCAUCAUGAAACGGCGCGGAGAGGCAGGUUUCCAAGGUCACUUAUGAGCCUUAAACCGACAUAAGGCUCGAAUUAAGGAGUGGGUGGGGGGGUGGGGGGGGGUGGAGAUGUUUCAGUGACAUGCAUGCAGCAGCAAUGGUGGACCUAAAUCUGCUCAAUCAGCCAUAGAUAUUUUUUUCUCUCUCAUUCCUCCUUUUCUGGAACCAGAUGUGUUUAUAUCAUUGAUCUUCUUCUUUUGGCUCCGUCACAGAGUUGAAAAAUUGACACAAUUCAGAAUGUAUUUGGGUUUUUUUUUAUGGUAUAACACAAUCCCCCCCCCCCCACCUUGCUGUGUGCUACCUGGGACUGGCUCCAAUCCCCCCCCCCACCUUGCUGUGUGCUACCUGGGACUGGCUCCAAUCCCCCCCCCCCACCUUGCUGUGUGCUACCUGGGACUGGCUCCAAUCCCCCCCCCCACCUUGCUGUGUGCUACCUGGGACUGGCUCCAAUCCCCUUCCCCACUGGCCACUUUGACCAGGAUAAUAGGUUGGAAGACGAAUGGAUAGUUAGAUGCUUAUUUUUUUACCUUUCAGGCGUGGGACUGAAAGAUUGAACCAUUUACAACAAAUCCUUUAAAUGUGCAAGAGGAUCCACGUAAGAAGCUACAUUUCAUUGGUUGAAUGUGUUUGUUGCUAUGCAACUAUUUAAUACAAGGGUACAAUAAUCACCUGUGUAGAAGACAAUCAUUAAUGCAGCCAAUUGUGAGAUGCGUAACAUGAGAAUGAAAAUAGUCACAGGUCAGUCCAGAGUUUUAGGAAGAUUGAUACUAAGGUAACUGAAUGUGUAAUGUGUUCAGACAGCUGCAGCUCAGUUAUUUAAAAUUAAAAACUGACUCUUGACGUUUUGAUGCGAGCGGUUUUACUUACCCAGGUGUCUGGAGUUUUGUAUUGAUUUCGUGUGUUUAUGCGUUAAUUUUCCAGUUCAAAAACCACUCCAAUACAAGAAUGUGAAUCUCGGUUACUGGAUAUUUUGACUUCUGAGGAAAAAAAAAUGUUAUCCAUAUUCCUUAAGGGGCAAUUGCAUAACUUUGUAAAAUUCAGUUUACAAAAUUACAGGAGGUUUACAGUUUCCAUACUGUGUCACAUGACCAUGGGAUUUUAUUGUAUUUCAGAAGAUAUUUGCACAAACCUUUUGUAUUGGUAAAUAAAUGAUCAGGACUGAA